GAGUUUUCUGCUGUUUGGUUGUUGUCAAAAUUGUUUUACAAAAGGUUGUUGCAUUGUUGUGUGGGUUGUAUCCACGACCUUUCAUUUUAAAUCUCAAAAGGGUCACUCAAUAUACCUGGGGAAUAAAUACGAUAAACUGAUUCUAACCAGCACAUUUAAUAAGGUGGAAACUCCCACCUGGCAGAUAGCACAUCUCUGCGCCUGAACCAUCAGCUUCUAGCGCUCCAUCUUCUCCUGCUGGCACCGCCCGUCCUCAGGAUGGCUUCUCUGCUGGCGAGCUCGUCGCGCGCCGCGCGGGACGACCAGUGCACCUCCGAGCCAGAGGAGGAGGAGGAGGACGAUGACGUGUUCGUCUCGUCGGCCGGCGAGCCGCUGUCGGCGGUGGCCGUCUGGCUGCGGCCGCGGCCGUUGCUCGACCGCCUGCGCCGCGCCGAGCCGCCCGACUACCGGAUCGACGAGUUCGGCUUCCGCGUGGAGGAGGAGGACGGUCCGGAGCAGAGCAGCAGCAAGCUGCUCAGCACGCCGUUCGCCGAGAGCCCCAAACACAGGCUGCAAUGGAUCGCCCACCUCGAGUUCACGCACAACUCUGAGACGGCGCCCAUGUCGUGGGAGAACAUGGCACCGGUGUUGCCGCGCACCGACAAACUCCGCGCCAUGGUGCGCGGCGGAGUUCCGCACUCACUGCGGCCGCAGAUCUGGCUCCGCAUGUCGGGCGCGCUGCGCAAGAAGCUGCAGGCCGACAUGAGCUACGCGGAGAUCGUCAAGGUAUCCUCGUGCGACUCGCUCAUGUGUAACCGGCAGAUUGAGAAGGACCUGCUGCGCACGCUGCCGUCCAACGUGUGCUUCUCCAGUCUCAGCUCGCCGGGCGUACCGCGGCUGCGGCACGUGCUGCGCGCGCUGGCCUGGCUCUACCCCGACAUCGGAUACUGCCAGGGAAUGGGUAUGAUCGUGGCCAACCUGCUGCUGUUCAUGGACGAAGAGGAGGCCUUCUGGCUGACGGCCACCGUCAUCGAGGACCUCCUGCCGGCCUCCUACUACUCCUCCACUCUGCUCGGAAUCCAGGCGGACCAGCGUGUGCUCUCGGCGCUGAUUGCCACCUACCUGCCGGACCUGUCGGCGCUGCUGGAGCAGCACGAUAUCGAGCUGUCGCUCAUCACGCUCAACUGGUUCCUGACGGUGUUCGCGUCCGUGCUGCACGUGCGCAUCCUGCUGCGCGUCUGGGACCUGUUCUUCUACCACGGCUCGCUGGUGGUCUUCCAGGUGGCGCUGGGCAUGCUGCGCAUGAAAGAGGAGGAGCUGUGCAAACUGGAUAACUCGGCGGACAUCUUCAACGCUCUCUCAGACCUGCCCGGCACCAUUGAUGACGUCGAAAAACUUCUUGAGGUGUCUUUCCACGUCAGCUCCUCACUAACGGAGGUGGUUGUGGAGUCGCACCGGCGCCGCCACCUGGCCUUUCUGAUGAACGAUCAGGGCACGCUGAUGGCCAGCCCAAGCCGCGUGGCCAACCUGCCCAAACAGCAGGUCAACAGGCGUCACGUGCGAAGAAGCAAGUCGAUGAUCUCUGUGAUCCUGUUUGGCGACGAGACAUCGGCGGAUGACGUGAAAACCAAAAACAUUCGCCAGACCGAGAUCCUGGUGGAUCUGCGAGAGGCGAUCCAGCAGCUGGGCCGCCAUUUCCAGUCGGUGGACCCUGAGCUGAGCGGCGUCAGCCUGCUGCCCGACUACAGCAUGGAGUCGCACGCCCGCGACCACGACGCCUUCGUCAGCGUCUCCAGCAAGAGACAGCGCCGAGCCAAGGCUUUGCUCGAUUUCGAGCGUCACGACGACGACGAGCUGGGGUUCCGCAAGAACGACGUGAUCACGGUGCUGAGCCAGCGUGACGAACACUGCUGGGUGGGCGAGCUGAACGGCCUGCGCGGCUGGUUCCCGGCGAAAUUCGUCGAGCUGCUCGACGAGCGCAGCAAAAUGUACAGCUCGGCGGGCGAUGACAGCGUGACGGAGGCGGUCACCCACCUGGUCCGUGGCUCCCUCUGUGCCACCCUCAAACAGGUGCUGGAGCACGGCAUGCGGCGGCCCAUCAUUCUAGGUGGCGUGUGUCACCCGUGGCUGUUUAUCGAAGAGGUGGCGCACAAGGAGGUGGAACGCGACUACAACUCCGUCUACAGUCGUCUUGUGCUCUGCAAGACGUACCGGCUAGACGAGGACGGCAAGGUGCUCUCUCCAGAAGAGCUACUCUACCGAUGUGUGGAGGCGGUCAACCUCAGCCACGACCGGGUGCACGCUCAGAUGGACGUGAAGCUGCGCUCGCUCAUCUGCAUGGGUCUGAACGAGCAGGUGCUGCACCUGUGGCUGGAGGCCAUCUGCUCCAACACGGCUGUGGUCCAGAAGUGGUACCAGCCGUGGUCGUUCAUGAGCAGCCCCGGAUGGGUGCAGGUAAAAUGUGAGCUGCGCGUGCUGGCGCAGUUCUCGUUCCGUCUGAACCCGGACUGGGAGCUGCCCGCCAAGAAGAACCGUCAGCAGCCGCUCAGGGAGGGCGUGCAGGACAUGCUGGUCAAGCAUCACCUCUUCUCGUGGGACCUGUAGCCGCCCCUGCUGCUGCCGCGACAAUCGACGUGCGGUGUGUCGCGCUCGAUAACGGGGGACAGAGAAGGGAAACAUGUUCCCUUAUGAACUUAUGCCACAGUACUACGUCCCACAAUAGAGGGUGAAGAGUCCCUUAGUGAACUCGCCAACUUACCUGGCCAGUUGUGGAUCUAGUCGUGAGUGCCAGAACACCUUCUCGGAGACUUUGUCUAGUCAUUGUGCAGCUUUUUCCGUGACAGCUAGCUGAAGUCAGUUGUUUCUAGUCCCAUUUCCCGUGACCUUUUCCAGUGUUCUUUCUAGACUUUUUGUUCCAGUGAUUUCCCCAUUAUUCCAUAUGAUCAUAACUACACGGCUUACGCACUAUGACCGAAGUUAUUCCGGUCUGAUCUCUGUAUUCCUAUUGGGUUCCUCCCGGACUGCUCGUGUGUUGUCUCAUGUCUGUCAGCUGCUAACUGUUUGAACCUCUCGCGACUUCUCCGUCUCGAAUGGUCAGAGGAACUCAACUAGUCUUCAGCAGCAUGUGAUACGUGUUGACAAAAAUUGUGCAAGCACUUAUGACGACGAACUGUGCUUUUUCUGUCAUCCCGCCCCGCCGCCAGUCAGCGCCAAUAGAUCAGGUAUCCGUGGUCUGUCCAGUAGUAUUCUGUAUGUACCGAAGUUAUGCAUGCUGGCUGAGGAUGAUGUUUGAAUGUAUCUAUUUUAUCGAACAACGUAACGGGUGGGUCCGAUACGUUACAGUUUGGAGAAAAAGUACGUGUGUCGCAUGACUGUCCGACGGUCCCUGUCGCGAUCCGCUCCAAACUGUGAUGGAGUUUCAUGGCGCACCACUCGUGCCGUACCGCCGGAGGCCCGUGUUGUGCUGUUCAAAAGAAUGGAUGCGCCCAUUGCAUAAGGUGUGUGGUGCUGUAUAUUUCAGAGACGGAUUUAUGUAUCACUUACAAAUGUGACCGCUGCUAUCCUAGACGGUGCCACAAUUUAACGAGUGAUGGUUGCAUGUCGCGUGUCUUGGUACGACGGGGCUGCGACUGCUGUGCCACGUGUAUUUUGUCAUGCCGGGUGAUGAUGCCUGUCGAUGUUUAUUGUUUUUGCUAGAAUUAGACUGAGAAUGAUAGUGAUGCAUCUUCACGUUGCGCCAUGUUAAUCGAGUCCGAUCCCGCUGUCUGGAUUAGUUCUGAAUUUGAUUUAUUUGAUCGAUAUCCAUUGCACAACAGUAUUUUGGAGCUGUGUUCGUUUCAGGAUGUCCGACGACGAAUACAUUUCAUGAAGCAGACUCGGAAAA